UUUUUUUUAAAUUAUUAUUUUAAUUAGAAAAAAAAUUAAAGCCUGGUUCCUUUAAAUUGGAAUAUCAGUUGUGAAAGUCGGAGGCUUCUUGCCAACCCCAUAACUACAACAUUUUCACCCGGAAUCUUUUUUCCGGUACACACGUUACGAUGGCAACAUGUUCGAGUUGUGAUACCUCUGAUGCUAUGGCAAAUGACCCUGGUGCUGCUCCUUACGGAAACUUUAUAAACUACUACAGCUUUAAUCCUCCGGAAAACCGCUUGAGCCUGAUCCCAGCAACGCUGCUGCGGGAUUUAGGUUACAGGGACGGCGGAGAUGAGCCCACGCUCAUCCUGGACGUGGGGUGUAACUCAGGGGAACUGAGUGUGGCCCUCUACAAGCAUCUUGUAGAGGAGCCAGAGCAGAAGUCCGAGAGGAACACAGUUCACCUUCUAGGGUUUGACUUGGAUGAAACUCUUAUUGAGCGGGCACAGCAGACCAACCCCCUGCACAGCAACAUCUCCUUCAUACAGCUGGACAUCACUGAGGAAACCGACCAGCUGCAGGAGUACCUCAGCCAGCAGAGUUGCUCCCACUUUCACCUGUGUCUGUGCCUGGCAGUCACAAUGUGGGUCCACCUGAACCACGGAGAUUUGGGCCUCCUGCAGCUGCUGUCACGCCUUGCCUCCAUCAGCCACCAUCUCCUGCUGGAGGCUCAACCCUGGAAGUGUUACCGCUCUGCAGCCCGUCGACUCAGGAAGCUGGGCCGCUCGGACUUUGAACACUUCAAGACCCUCAAAAUCCAGGGCGACGUAGCAGAAAGCGCAAAGGAGCACCUGGAGAGACAAUGUGGCAUGGAGCUGAUCCAGAGCUUCGGCAGCACCACAUGGGACCGUAAGCUGCUGCUUUUCAGACGGAGAUGAGUUUUAUGUGGGACACUUUAAAAGAAGCUGGACUUUAAUAAUUGUGGACAAGAGAUUCCAAACCAAACAUUUUUCAAAGUGAUAUAUAAAAUACUUGAAUACUG